AUGCCAGGUGCAGGAAUUAAGUGGGUCCCAGCCAAAAACGUCAAACCGUAUCGCACCCCAGAACGUGUUGGCGAGUCCAAGACCGUGGAAGCGAAAGUGGAUGCAGAGGCUGGGCAGAAGGCGGCAUUUCCCGGAGGAAGCAGUGGUUCUGUGCCAGCCUCUGCUGCAGGAAGAGAGGCGAUGCCUGGCCCAGGCCCAGGAGCUGAGGUUGCUCGGAAGGCUUCUCCAUUAGCUUGGCUGCAUAAAGUUUUGAAACCCUUGGAGCCUCCUGCAGGUGUGCCUGCAGGGAGGACUUUUCCUGUUCCUUUGCUAAUUCCUACAAAGAAGGCUGGCUCCCAUCGCAGAGGUCCCCUGAGAGGGAAGAAGAAAGGCAAAGGACAGAAGAAACUCCACGAGCCAAACAACAUCCUGAAACAAAUCGUGACAGAACUUCACAAAGGGCAUGGGAUGGACAGAGAGGCUCUGUGGAAGAUGGCAUUUCCUGAAGGAAGGGAAGAGAUGCCAGGCACAGUCCCAGGAGAUGGGGAUCAUGACUUGGAUUACUUGGAAACACUGGUGAAUGGUGGUUUGAAGAGCUUGCCAGAUGUUGGAGCUAACCCGGUUGGUGAAAAUGAUCUGGCUUCCCAACCUACAUUCAGGAUUGAGCCUCCGGGAGAUGCUGAGGUGAUGGACCAAAAGGCAGGGCUGAAGGAGGUGUUUCCCCAAGGAAGCAGUGGCUCAUUGGCAGCCCCUGCUGCAGGAAGGAAGGCGAUGCCAGACAAGGGCACAGGCACAGCAGAUGCAGCCGGCACCACAACAUGUGUUCCCGAUACCCACAAGGGCCUUGGAAGGGACUUCUGUAAGGGAGCAGCCUGCUGGGCAGGGUUAAUGGCUGGCCUGCUUUGUUUGGAGCUUGUUCUCAUGUUGUGCUGUGUCAGAUUGUGGUGUUACUGGAAGAAGAAACGGUGCUUCUGUGCAUCUUCAGCAGAUGGCCCUAACAACACAGGCAAUGAGAACGUGGCCGUUUAUCCCAGCUCUCCGCUUCUGCCCCUAUCUGCCCUGCCGUGGCUGCAGCAGCGUCAUGAGGCCUUCCCAAAACCCGUCCCUCCACGAGACCCUCUGCCCCCGAGCCCCCUGGUCCUGUUCCCUGGCCAGAACUGA